AGGGUUUGUGAGGAAUUGGUGUCUUGCUGGCUGUCCCAUUGCCUUUCUGCCUUGAAAGCAGCUUGGCUUCUGCUCCCAUGGGAAGAUUGCACCAAGGUCUCUCCUAGCGGACUGCAAAGGAGGAGAAGGCACAAACAGCAGUACAGGUGGCGAGGAGAAGGGAAAGGGAAGAGGCUGGAGAUGCUCCCAUGGCUUCAGCUGCUUCUCGAGCAAGGGAAAGGGGAGAGGAAGGCGCCCACCACAUCGCCCCGAAGCAUCGGCCAGAUCCUGAGCACCUGAGCUGCGGAGGUGGCACGGCCAAAUCCUGUCCAGAGCGAGGAAGGCUCGGAGAUGCCGAGGCCAUCAGCCACCGAAACCACCUCAGGAAGGGGAAUUUCCAGCCCAAACUCCACCUGGAGCAUUUAGCGGAGAAGCUGAAGCUCUUGGGGCUGGAAGGAGGCGGAGAGGAGGAGCAGCUCUGCUCGUGGCAUAAGAGGACGUUCGCCUUCAGGAGGGAUGCGAAAGCAUCUGGCUGCGGCGCACCAAGGGCUUGUGGAGAAGCCCACAGAGAGGAACCUGCCCAGGAGGACAGGGAGCAAAUUCACAGAGACCUGGAGAACCUCAAGAAACAAAGGGAGGAGCUUUUGGAACUGAAAGCAAGCGGGGAGAGGAGAUGCCAGGGGUAUUUGACACAAACAGAGGCUGAGAGGCAGAAAAUUGUGUCCGAAUUUCGGCAGCUGCGCCGCUUUCUGAAGGACCAGGAGGUCGUCCUCCUGGCCCAGCUGGGGGAGCUGGACAGGGAGGUGAUGAGGAGGCAGGAGGAAGAGGAGGCCAAGGUGUCGGGGGAGAUUUCGCUCCUCGACAUCCUCAUCUGGGAGGCGGAGAGGAAACUCGAGCAACCCACGAGCGGAUUCCUGCAGAGUGCCAGAAGCACCAUGGGCAGGUGGGAGACGAGCAGCACCCGGAGGAUGAUGGAGACCUUCUCGGACCUCGAGCGGAGGCUCCGCGUCAUUUCUCAACAAAAUGACAUCCUCAGAGAGGCGCUGGGGAGAUUUCAAGACAUUUUACCCUCUGAACUGGAGAAAGAAGUAGAACCAUCUCUAGGAGGAGAGGGAAAAGCAUUUAUCACUCUGGACCCCGACACUGCCCACGCGAGCCUCAUCGUGUCCCGGGACCGCCGGGGGGUGAGGUGGAUGGAUGCAGGACAGGAUUUGCCCCCCAACCCCAGGCGAUUCGACGUCUUCUGCUGCGUGUUGGGCCACCGGGGUUUCACCACGGGGAGGCAUAGCUGGGAGGUGGAGGUGGUGGCUGGUGGGACCUGGGCCCUCGGUGUGGCCCGAAAUUCCCUGUCCAGGAGGGGCUGCUUGGAGUUUCGGCCGGAGGAGGGGAUCUGGGCUGUGGGGCGCUGCGGGAAUCGGUACCGAGCUUUCGCCUCCCCCCCAACCACCCUCCCCACGAGUGGGAAUCCCAGGAGGAUCCGGGUGGUUCUGGAUUACGAGGGGGAACAAGUGGCUUUCUACUUUGCCGAGCAACUCCCCCCUGUCUUUACUUUCCAAAAAGCCUGCUUUGGAGGGGAGAGCAUCUUCCCUUUCUUCUGGGUGGGGAGAGGCUCCCACCUCCGCCUCUGCCCAUGA